UGUUCCGCUUGCUAUGCAUAUAAAAAGAUCCCAUCACCUACUGGUUUGGCAGAAACACUGUUUUGCUUCAUGAUAGAAACACUGUGUAUCAGCUCAUGAGCUUUAACUACAAUCGGCUGUGACUUUAACAUGGCUUGCAAAUCCCAGAGGUUACGGAGCUGUCAGUGUAACAAGAAUCCGGUCAACAGCAUUCUUUUUCGAAUGCUCAACUCAGAAAUUACACAAAACAGACAACACGACAAUCAUCGACAUGCUUGUACAACUUCCAGAGGAUGCCCUUGUGAAGGCCACAGAAAGGUCUCCCUGAAAACCCCUGAAAUAAUCUGCAAGAAGGCAUCUGAAGUAUUACUGAAGACAGUGGCUUUCAUUAAAAAUCUACCAUCUUUCUACCACCUCCCUCAAGAAGAUCAAAUACUGCUUGUGCACAGGUGCUGGGCUCCACUUUUCGUUCUAGGUCUUGCUCAGGAAAGAGUUGAUUUUGAGUUCCAAGAACUUUCUGAGCCCAGUCUGCUCAAGAAAAUACUUCUUAAUCAGUCUUGUGACACGGCGGAGGUGGCAUUGAUGUUUCAUGCAGGGGUCCCACUAUCAGAAGUUCAAAGAAUACAAACAUUUCUGUGUAAACUCUGGAGCUUGGACAUCUGUACUAAAGAAUACGCCUAUCUGAAAGGCAUGGUACUGUUUAACCCAGGUAUCAGUGGCAUGAGGUUCCCACAGUAUGUCCAGACUCUGCAGCUGGAAGCUUAUCAUACUCUAAUGGAAUACACAUCAAUGAUGCACAGUGUGAAGCAUUCUCGCUUUGCAUGGAUUCUGGAAACACUUGACAUUCUAAAAUUAAUUGACCCCAAGGUCAUUACGGAUCUGUUCUUUAAGCCUAUCUCAGGAGAUAUAAAUUUGGAAGAAAUAUUGCUUGAAACAUUGCUCAUCAAAUAGGACAAUUUAAGUUUUAACCUAAACUGUUACUCUGUGUCGCCACUGAAAUCAAACUUAGUAGCCUGCUAGAAUACUUGGAAGAAAUGCUCUAAUCCAAUCAUGUUUCAAGUAGUCAGUGUGAAACAUCUUCAACUCCAGCCAUCUUGUGACUUUGGUCAAACUUAUUCUAAUCACUUAAAAAAAGUUUUGUGAAAGACAAAGCACUUAACUGGUUUAGGGAAAUGCAUCAGCUUUGUUGGGUAGAUGUCUUAAAUUGUGACUAGCUGGAGGAUUUUCACUCUAUAAGAGACAUUCUUCAUUUGUUAUGGUAUGGAAUAUGAAUA